CAGAAGGAUCUGGAAAUUUCUGCUCUGGAGAAUCUGUACAGACCAGCAUUUGUCAUGUGGAACCAUGCAAAGGACCGCCGAUUAUGGUGGCUACAUUUGACAAACUGUCUCACAUCAAAUAUGCAGCCACAGCAGUAAAUAUGAGCAUGUUGAACAUUUUUUUACGGUUUUAUCCUUUUGAUAUGUCUGGAACCAUUUUGCGACGAUUCUUCGACGAUUGCAAUGAUUGUGGUAGCGUUUGCUUGAGCUUGAUCGAUUGUCAUUUGUUUUUAGAAGUCAAUAUUCAUGGAUGUAAUGUUACGUUACUCAGUCCGUCGACCAUAAAAAUUGGUUGGAAUGAUGUCGUUUUCUCGAUCAGCAAUCAUAAAGUAACAUUACAAUUAAAUAAUAAAAACAUUUCAAAACGCAUAAAAUGUACCGAUUUAGUUUCAAUUAUGAACCUUGAUCAAGUGAUGAAUAUCGGAGAAGAAUUUGAAGGAUACAUUGAAAAGCUAUAUGUUAACUUUUUACCUUAUGCAUUAACAAUUAACAAUAAAUUUUCAGAUAUGUACUCACCAUAUGCAACUUUCAAUACAAUAUUUGAAUUGUCAGAAGAACAAUCAUACUCAGAUUUAUCCAAGACAAUCAAAAUUCCUUGUCCACAGCAGAGUCAUUUUAUUAAGGUCUGUGAUAAAAAAAUAUUGGAAUUGUAUUUGAGAUUUGAACUUUUAGCCAAUGGAAAUUUAAUGUCAAUUAAAGGGAUGACAACAGAUUAUAUGCUGGUAGAAAUUAAUAAUGAUAUAAUAAAAUUAAUUGUUAAAUUAGAUGAUUACUAUGAUGAGGUACUAAUACAAUUUGAGGAAAUUGAUUCAUCUUGGAUUCACGUGGAAAUUGAGCAACAGGAAAAUACUUGGAUUAUAGAUGUAAAUGGCGAAAAACGUACAUUGAUAAUGCCUGCAGACAUAUCAAAUAAUGACCUGUGUAUGUCGUAUAAUGAAGUAACAAUGACUAGUGAAGAAGACAUUUUAGAAUUAAACUGUAUUAUCAAUAAUGAACUUCAAUAUGAGGACUUAGACAUUGCAUGGCUAAAAUAUGAUCAACCAAUGCUACAUAAAAUUAACUGUAAAAUGUAA